GGCUCGUAUUUUCGUUUCUGGGUUGUAGCCGCCACCAACUCUUAGACUGCAUCGUUUAAGAAAUCCAAUAUUGAGAUCAAGAUGCCAAGCAUGGUGGGCAGCACCCAGACGACUUCGAGUAGUUUUUCGGCAGUGUUGAAUUCCUACCGGAAACGCGCCCAGUCCCGCUCUGCUUCGUUCUCCGAGCACGAUUCUAUCGAGCAGGCACCGCCCUCUGUCGUCGGGGAUGAGAUCAGGAAACACAUGCGCCUGUUGGAAGUCCCUCCGGGAUGGGCCGCUGCACCACCACCCCAAACUGGGUUCCGCGGCCGGCGAAACGCAAACUCCCGUGGCGGCUCCCGAAGGAGCUCUUUCGACUCAGAAACCUCCCUACACGGUAGGCCUCCGCGGGGAAUCAAAAGGCGCACGACUCGGUCACUUGAGCUGCCGAACGACAGGAAAGUGGAUGCUAUGGACGCGGUUUGGCCGGCUGCAGCAGGGAUCGAUGACGGAGAAUCGGAUGCAGAAUUGCAUGCCGCGAUGGAUCGUUUGCUGGAGGAGCGACCUGCGAAGUACGAAUCCCUCCGAGAAUUGUCGGAGGAGGAGUCCGUGCGGCGGGACCAUUGGGGCGUGACCAUGGCGUUGUACUCCCAAGCAUCUUCAAGUUCAACGAGAAUCGGCGGGAAUUCGAAGCAAAAAACCAAGAAGAGCAGCACGACGAGCAGUCAAGAGCACUCUCAUUCUUCGAGCACGAACGCACCGUCGUCAAGCUCCUCCUCGUUGAGUAGUAACACAAGCGAAGUCGACGCUGCCGAGCGGCCCUCUAGCAAACAGAAAAGCAGGCCAGGAACCCGAAGUAGCAAGCACGGUGGAUCUUCAACAUCACAGCAGCAGCAACGCCGCAAAAGGAGCAACCAAUUCGCAACCACAUCGAUCGAAAGCACUUCUAAGGAAAGCGACACAGCAAAACUGGUCGCGGAGAGAUACUCGGCAAUGGUGGCAGAGCGUACAUCGCCGAAAAAAUCAGAAAAGGAGUCGAUAAGUAACACCGCGGCAAAUUCCACGAUCGAGGCGAUUCACCGUACGCUGGCAAACCACCUACAUGCUUUGCGACCCGGGGCCCCGGCGCGGAAUCGAUCGGCGUCGCCGUUUAAAAAGUCACCGCGAAGUAGUUCUACCACAGGGACCAAGCGUGGGAAAAAGCCGCGACCCGAGCAGAUAUUUGCUGCCGACUCUCCGAUCCAGCUAGAGGAGGAAGAUCCGGAAAAAGUGAAGGAGGAGGAGGAGAAGCAGCGGCGACUGGCGAAUUUAGCCUCCUGCCCCCGUGGGUUGGUUCCGGUCGGAGAGGGUGCUGGGGCAGCUUCAGAAACCCGAGCAGCGACCGCGACAGCCGGUCUAUUUUCAAUUUCGUCAUUUUCAUCUGGCCACCAGGAGGGUGGCAUCUACCCAACGCACACUUUCAACGAUUCCGCAGGCGCCACGGGGGCUUCAGUGGCAAGAAGCCCGCCGAGAACGGCGUCGUCGGCAACGUCCUUUGCCCCGUUGGGUCCCAGCUUUCAAGCUGGCCUGCAGUUGGACGAUGCGCAGGCGGCGCAACGACGGCAAGCCCAAGGAUCCUGGCGGGAGUGGGUCGACCACAUGCGCAGGGCCACGGCUUCCACCGUACAGUGGUUUUCGGAUUUUGUUUGAGAUAGUGCCUUUUUCUGUGCAGAUGUCGUCGAUUAUAUAUUUGCGAUUUCUUCUGUAGUACGAAAUAGUUCUUCACUCAUUCCCUCUUCACGUGUAACAAAAAACUUCUGCACCAGCCAUCGACCAGCGGCCGGCUUUUCCCCGCGUUUCCCCGUAAGGAGUAUGACCCGGAAUUUGUGCAGAGUGCGUUCGUCGGCGGGAGCGCGUACCAGGAAUUUGGCACGUCUAUGGGAGAACACCCGGCUCAAGUAGAGGAGCGCAUGCGGGCCAAGAAGCUAAAGCAGCAGCAGAAAAACAACGAGAAUAAGGCGCAGCCACCGGAUGCGAAUUUGGUGAACGCCACACUGUUGCGGCAACUGAACAAGUACCAGAACGCGAACAAAAAGAAAGCGAAGAAAAUGGAAGGCAGUAAAUCGUCUUCCAGCAAGACUAUGACUAGCAGCGGCGCUCCCGCAGCGACGAAGGAGGCGAGUAAGAAUUUGAAGGAGCAGCAGAGCGGCGACCGCGUUGAUGAUGCAACUGGUGAGGGAAAGGAAAAGAUCGAAAGCAACCAAGAAUUUGUAAGCCCGACAAGGAGCGGCACGGCUCCCGCACCCAGUCUUCGGCAGGGAAAUAAGCGAUCGCAUCGUUUAGGCCGAGGCAGAAGCGAAGGGACCAGCAGUAAGGUAUCCAGCAGACCGGGAACGCAUCAUGGGACGAGCUACAACACUGAAGUUCCGCCGGACAGUCCGAACACGGUCGUUCGUGGGAGCAUCGAGAAGGCGUCGCUGCUGGCAAAGCGCCUGCUUGACACCAAAACGCUGCGGGCGUCCCCGGAGUCGAAGAAGAAUUUUUCGACUUCUUUACUCGAUCAGUUGGAGAGUCUGGAGUCGAUCAAAAAAGCAACAAGUUCGGCAGCGCGGGCCGGGGUAGAUCUGCAGCUACAGCCGGAAGAGGCCGAAGAUGUUGAAGUCCCUCGCGAAUCCGCGUCGAUGAUACUGCCUCGGAAGAAACGAAAGCAGGUACGGAACGUCUGCUAGAAGGAACAACAACAUGAUACAUGGGUAGCUUUCACUCUGUGUCUUUGUUUAGGCUGUUUGUGUGUGGUUGCAGCACUACAAGAAAGAAGAAACAAGAAAGAAGAAAUAAGUUUGCUCGAGAACAACGCUCUUCCUGCAAGCACUCUAUAAAUUGAAAAAAAACACAGGGCCCGCGUCCUGCCGAUCGAUUGCACACGCAGUCGCUGAUUCUCGAGCCGACGACCAACUCGAAGAGCAGUAACAAACUUAUUUCCCUCGCAGCGACGUACGGGACCACUUUCAGCAGCACCACGACCGGUGAGCAGCGUGAGCGCAGUGUCGAGCCACUCCCAGAAAAGAAGCCCCUAGACACCGCGGAGUUCGUGUAUCGGAUGACGCGCGCACAAACCGCGGAGCCGAUGUCGACGGAGGCUUUCCAACGUCGAUUGCGCCGCUUCGAAACGAUGUCGAAAACGAAACUGUCUAACUUUCAAGAUCGCGUCAGCCCGAUAAAGAAGAAACCGGCCCCCGCCAAGGGGAAGAAGGUAACGACUGGGGGCGGCGGCGCGAAGAGCACGAAAAGUAGACUGCCGAAGAAGUCGCCUCAGCGAGCAGAAGAGACCGAAGCUGCUACCGCAGGGGACAAUUCUUCCUUUGAAGAUCAGUUUCCGGCUCCCGAUGGAACGUCCGCUGAUGAUGUGUUGCGCGACCACUUCACGACAACUGCCGAUGAGGGUGGCGUUGAAACAACAAUAAGUCGCAGUCCGAAGAAGAAGAAAGCCUUCACUUUGACGCGCCUUGAUGCCGAGCGGUCUGGGACGCCAGGCCCGGUUUCGUAUCCGGACGUGUCGGUGGUUGGACAAGGACAUCAACCAGACCCGGCACGACCAAUGUCGAUGCAGACCGGUCGUCGAGUUCGUAUGGAUCUACCGAAAGCCGCUGACCGGCCACAAACGGAGCAGACUACCCGUUCGGCCGCCGCUGCCGCGCCGCGGUCUCCGAUUGACAUCGCUCCGAGCAAUCCGCUUUUUCCGGUGAAGCGGAGCAAAGAGCAGGAAUUUUGGGCACACAGUCUCUUCGCGAGUGGGACGGAGCGGAAGAACAGUUCUGCUUCUACGAGUACCAGUGCGCACGCAUCUUCACGGAUCUCGUCCGAUUCAGAGUGGUCUGGUUCUGAAGGAACGAACCCACAACUCCAGCAACAGCAGCAGCAGCCUUCCUCUACUACCUCGGGUGUUGACGAGGGAGAGACCAAUAUGCGUCCGAUGACAACACCAGGUGGUGUUUCGGCAUUUGAGCGAGCCAGGAGGCAGGAAAUGGGUGUGACGAGUGGCUUCGGCCCACCACCAGCGAGGGCAAGUAGGAAUGCUGCAGCAGAGUGGUCGCCGAUCGUUGAAGAGGACGACGAAGAUCUGCGUCAGUCCGGCUCACCGGUGAAGCAAAAGCCGUACAAUCCGAUCCCGACGAAUUAUCCACACCGAUAUGCCAAGGAUCACGGGUUGACAUCGGAACCAACAACUGCUGCAAGGCCGGCGACCUCGCCAACCAAAGUUCCGGCUGGCUCGCGGCGCGCGGUCACUGCUCCCCACAAGGAACAGCAGCUGCCAGGGUUUGCGAGGACGAGGUCGAACGCGAACAGGCCGACUCCGCCGCCUCCUGCGCCCGUGCCGUGGAGCAAGUCGGACGACUUCGAUUUUCCAUUUGCCAAUGGAAGCUCUUACACGACCACGUCGAGCUCUGGAACAAGCGCAAGUACUCACGUCAGUUCUUCGAACCCUGGCGCGCCAUCACGAGUAAAUCGCCCCUCCGCCGUCGACGGUGUAGCCAGAGCGGAAAUGGAUCGGCAUGUCGAGUGGCUGAACCAGCGCAAAAAGUAUCAGCAAGGCGAGGAGAAGCGGCGCGCGGAGGAGCGCGCGAAAAACGCAGCAGGCAUGAAAACCGACCAUCCCCCUCCGCGGCCCGGAACCACGCCAGGGCCGUCGUUUAGUACCAGUUCAUUUGGAGAGCAGACCGGGAUGAACAAGCCAGAGAAAACUACUGGUGCUCCUUCGACGACGACCGCUGGCAAUCCUGCUUCCGCGACGACCAGCACCUCCUCAGCAACGUCGACCCGCGGCAUGUUCAAAAACGCUAGCUUUUUCACGCACCCGCCACCAUCCACUGCGCCAGCAGGGGCAUCGCGGAACAACUACAGCAAUUCGUCUUCAUCUCCGUCCAAAACAGGAUCAGGUAGCAGGAACACUACUGGUACCGGCACAACUAGGCCCGGCCCACCACCGUUUUUGAGUGCCAACUCGUCAUCACUAACGGGAUUGCAAGCGGGCGACCGGGAGUCUGUGAUCAAGUCAGAGCUGAAGCGGGAAAUCAUCCAAAUCCGGAGAACUAGCAUCUCGGACAAGGAGGUACGGAAGCACGGUCUGCAGCUCCUCGCAAAGUGGCAUCCAGACAAGAACCCACAAAACCAGGCGCUGGCAACGAAAAUCUUUCAGUUCGCCGCCUCGGAGCUGAAAUUGAAAUAGCUGGUGCAGGCGGUGGAACAGGUGUUAUUGACAAAAGUAGGUAGUUGUACAGUACGGUCCAUCUGUUCUUUCGUCUUCUGACCUUGUAUCACCUAGCUUCUUAUAACUGCGUUUCACAAAAUGUAUGAUGAACCUAUCGAAUGACUGUAACGUAAUAUCAGUACGACGGAUCGGAACGAACAGCUCUUCGAGAUAUAGCCAUUGGCAAGUCUUUAGAUGUAUCAACUUCAAAAUCUCACAAUAGAAGCAAAAUUUUUUAGUCAAUUUUGCAAGAGGUGGUUGCAUUUUGCGUUGUCUCUGUCUUCGGAAGAGUUUCAAAAAUGUUGAUUGACUGCUCAAACGUGUAUCUGGAAAUAAAUCUGAAACCUGUAUUUUCGUGACAAUGUGCUAAGUCCAACCUGAUUAU